AUGGGCUUGAGUGAUGCGGAGGGCAGGCGGUCCGUCCGAUGGUGGGCGCUCGCUGUCGUGAGCUUGGUUCAGCUCAUGAUCGUCCUGGAUGCGACGAUCGUGAACAUCGCACUCCCAGCCGCGCAACGUGAGCUGGGUAUGAGCGACGCGAGCCGACAAUGGGUGAUCACUGCCUAUGCGCUGGUUUUCGGUGGUCUACUGCUGCUAGGCGGAAGAGUUAGCAGUCGGAUCGGGCAUCGACGCGCCAUCACGUUUAGUCUAUGCGGUUUCGCUGCUGCAUCAGCAAUUGGCGGUCUUGCUGCCUCGCCGCUGAUGCUCUUUGUGGCACGUGGCAUACAGGGUGUUUUUGCCGCGGUUCUUGCGCCGGCUGUGUUGGCGCUGCUCAGUGUUAUGUUCACUGACUCACGCCAUCGUGGAACUGCAUUCGGCGUGUUCGCGGCAGUUUCUGCUGCCGGAUCGGCGGUUGGACUGCUUGCAGGUGGCGUAUUCACAGAGUAUCUCGAUUGGCGAUGGUGCCUGUAUGUGAACAUCCCUCUCUCACUUGUCGCCCUAUUUGGUACACCACUGCUGUCGCCAGCACAGGACGGCGAACGGCACAGGAUAGAUCUCCUCGGCGCACUGCUCAGCGCGGUUGCACUCGCCGCGGUCGU